UGCGUCGUGACGCCGUUUCCGGUCGUCGCGCGAGAGCUGCGGCUGCAGUUUGACAGCGGCGGAGGUGUGCGACGAGUCUCGGCGGAGGUUAUGUGUUUGUAGAAUAGAUAUAAAAGCUCUUUCGCUGCAGAGAUCGCGCUGACAGCACCGCCAUCGGCUCACUGACGCCUCGACGCGCGAUGUUUGGCGAGCGCUGGCUGCUGCGCUUGAAGGCCGAUGUGUGAUUGGCGCUCUGCUACUGUCCGCCAGCAUGGUAGACAUGGAGAAGCACUACAGCCCCCGGUCUCCGCUGGACGACUCCGUGAUGGACAGUCCUCUGUGUCGGGACUUCAUCGGUGGAAUGGAAGCCCUUCAGGACAUCUCUCAGUCUAUCGAAGAGGACGCUCUCAGCAGCUUCGAGACGACCGAGAACCAGUCUUCAGGUCUGGGCUCUGGAUCCGAGAGCUCCACUGCGUUAGAUGCACUGAGUCCCGCCUCCAGCCCGGCGUCAGGUGUGUACUGUGGCCCGGCGGGACAGGACGAGUUCACCUGCACCUCUCUGAACCUGGAGUGCCGUGUGUGUUUGGACCGUGCCUCAGGAUACCACUACGGGGUUCACGCCUGCGAGGGCUGCAAGGGUUUCUUCCGCCGGACCAUUCGCCUCAAGCUGGAGUACGAUAAAUGUGAACGACGCUGUAAGAUCCAAAAGAAGAACCGAAACAAGUGCCAAUACUGUCGCUUUCAGAAGUGCCUGUCUGUGGGCAUGUCCCACAACGCCAUUCGGUUUGGGCGAAUGCCCCAGUCGGAGAAGCUGAGGUUGAAGGCGGAGAUCCUAACAGGGGAACGAGAGGUCGCGGACCCUCAGGUGGCCGAUCAGAAAACCCUGGCCAAGCAGAUCUACGAGGCCUACCUGAAGAACUUCAACAUGAACAAAUCCAAAGCACGGACCAUCCUGACGGGCAAGACAAGCACGCCGCCUUUUGUCAUCCACGACAUGGAGACGCUGCAGCUGGCCGAACAGACUCUUGUGGCCAAGAUGGUGGGCUCUUCUGGGGCUCUGCUGAAUAAAGAUGCGGAAGUUCGAAUAUUCCACUGCUGUCAGUGCACUUCGGUCGAGACGGUGACCGAACUGACUGAGUUCGCCAAGUCUGUGCCAGGCUUCUCAAACCUGGAUUUAAAUGACCAGGUGACAUUAUUAAAGUACGGCGUCCAUGAGGCGCUCUUCGCCAUGUUGGCAUCAUGCAUGAAUAAAGACGGUCUGCUGGUGGCGCACGGCAGCGGCUUCAUCACCAGAGAGUUCCUGAAGAGCUUACGACGGCCGUUCAGUCAAAUGAUGGAGCCCAAGUUUCAGUUUGCAAUGAAGUUUAACUCCCUCGAGCUGGACGAUAGUGACCUCGCACUGUUUGUUGCUGCCAUCAUCUGCUGUGGAGAUCGUCCAGGCCUGGUGAACGUCCCGCACAUCGAGCGAAUGCAGGAGAGCAUCGUAAACGUGCUUCAUCUGCACCUCAAGAGCAACCAUCCCGACAACGAGUUCCUCUUCCCCAAACUCCUGCAGAAACUAGUGGACCUGCGGCAGCUGGUGACGGAGCACGCUCAGCUCGUGCAGGAGAUCAAGAAGACAGAAGACACGUCGCUGCAUCCCUUACUGCAGGAGAUUUACAGAGACAUGUACUGAGUCGCCUUUGGCUCAUAAAAACAAGCUCAAAACAAGUCUCCUCGUACAGCUACACUGUGAUCUUUUAUUAAGGGCGUCAUAUGAACCACUAUUUUUGGGAUUACUGGAUGAAAACGCCAGGAACAUCAGGGCUCUUCAUUACCGUCGAGUUAAACAAUGCUUUCUACGGUUAUUGGUUUAGAGAGAAGAGAACAAGACAAUGCAAAUUAAAAUGCAUCCUGUGGUUUUUAAUAUUUUUGAAAGUUUUAUAAAUGUUUACUGGUCCCUUGGGCCAGAAACUGUGAAUAGAAACCCUAAAAUCCAACUUAUUCAUACAGCAAUAUUAUUUCUUUACAUAGACAUGGUAACUUUUGAUAGUGUACGCUUUAAACAUGUAGGGUUCACCCAAGUGACUUCGACAUAGAUCUGCUGUAAAUAGUGAAACUGACCGUUUAAUAAAGCUUCAGGGAUUAUG